AAAAGGUAAAAAGACUAAAUCUGUUGCAUUAUAUUAAAUUAUAUUUAAUAUGACAUUAUUUUUGUUUGUGUUGACGUUUGUUAAUUGUCUAUAAUUUUGCUGUAAUUUUUUUUUAUUAUUUUAUGGAAAAGGUUUGUUUUUGAGUAAUGUAGCUACUGAUAUACAGAUUGUUGUAGGUAGCUUAUAAUGUAUGUAUUGUGGGAUUGGUCAGAUGGACUGACAAUGUGUGAAUAGUGUAUUUUUUGGAAUUUAAAUAUGCUGGUUAAAAGGCUUGAUCAUUGGAUUUUAUAUAAAUCAAUUAUAGAUUGAGAUAAAAUUUAAAUGCAAAGUACCAAUGUAGUUUCAGAAAAUGCACUGGUAGUAAGAUCCUUUUGUGCUUUUUUUACAUUUAAGAAUUUUUGUGGUUUUGAUUAUUUGAAAGGCUGUGAGGGGUCAGUGUAAACUGUUGAAUGAAAGACUUUGUGAUGUGAUGUGAUUUUUCCUGUUUGAUAUUGUGCAUUGAAUGUGACUGCUUGAAUGAAGAAUAAUGCUUGUCAGUCAAUGAGCAAUUGUUGUUUUUAUUUUAAACUCUCAUUAUUGAACUUUUAAAGUUUUUGAAUAUACAGGUUUGCUAAAUUAAAACAGUUAAGUUGGUAAUUAAAGGUUGCAUAUUGUUCUUUUUCUAUUGUUUUUAUUGUCAUUUGUUAAUUGAAUUAAAUAUAUUUGUUGGAGUGACUUAAUGUGUUUGUCUGAUAACAAUUAUUUCAUAGUUAUUUAAACAGUAAAUAAUAUGAAUAAAAUGCAAAAUAAUAAAACAGGGGGCAUUGUAAUUUCAAUGGGAAUGAAGAAUAUGAAACUGUUGUUCAAGUUUUCUGUUGUAUGCAUGCUUGUUUGCACACUACGAUUAAAGUGAACAUUGUUAUUUUGUGUUUCUUUUUCAAGGAUCAUUUAACGAACAAGGCAAUUACUUUAAGACUCUCUGAGAAUUUCAGAGCAAAACAAAAGAAUUUUGUGGGAAUCAAAUUCUUCACAUAAUUAAACAAUCGAGGCACCUACAUAUUGCAAGGCCCUCUGAGAAUUUCAGCAAAGAAUUUUGGUGGGAAGCAAAGAUGCCGAGAAAAAAGGGUUUUCGCAUGCGGCGCACACCAAAAAGCAUCAAAAGUAAGAGCGAUGCUAAAGUUUGUGUAUGUACAGAAACACUGCAGCGGCCUGUUGUUGUUGGUAGUGAUGUAAGAGAUGCACCGUUGAGUUGUGAUGUGAAUUCAUUGACUGGAUAUUGUGCUGUGGCUGCAAUCAAACAUGUGAUUGCUCCUGUUUGUACUUGGGUACAAACAGAUGUUGAUGACAUUUGUGUGGAAGGAAGUAAGUUAGCCACAUAUGUAGCUGAGACAAGUCAGAAAACAGACUGUAGAGAGAAAGAGUUGUGCACUUUGAUAGAACAGCACAAUGUGUUUGGCAGAAAGUGGAAAUUAGAAAUUGGUUUGCCAGAGUACAGAGGUUUUGAAAUGUUAGAAGAGGAGGCUGUAAUGUACGAAAAGCUGCAAGAAUAUUUGUUGAGGGAUGGAAUGUGUUUCCUAAACCUUAAUAGUGCAAUAAGCGUCAUUAUUCAUCACAACAAUUAUUUUGUGAUGGCUGAUUUUGGCAUCCGAGAUAUGUUUGGAUUGGCAUCUAAUAUUGGCACGCCUGUGGUUGUUUUCAACACAUGCCUUAAUGAUCUGAUGGUUCAUAUCAGAAAUCUUAGAAGCUCUUUAGAUGCACAGUGGUAUGCUGUUAGUAGCAUUUCUGUAAAAGCAGCCCAAGAUGAUCAUGAUCAACAGACAAGCAGUUCUGUCAGAUGCGAAGGUGUCAGUGCUGGAUGUAAAGAUGCAACUGGGUGUGAGGAUGCCACUUCUGUCAGCACUGAAAACAGUUUAAGAGGAUCAUUUCACCAGGGCAAUGAGCAAUUUAAAUACAGAGGAGUCCAGUGUAUGGCAAUAGCUUUAGUAAGCCUAGCAAAGCAUACAGUGGAUAGUGUCUUCUCAUGGCAGAGCAAAGACCUUGACAAAGUUGUAGUGUUAGGAGAUGAGUUGUACACCGGAUUGCGAGAGACCAAUAGGAUUAGCCACUCAUCAAAUCUGUUGUGUGUCCCUGAUUUGCCAAAGGAGUCUAAUAUUGAUGGAGAAAGUUUUUUGUUUGAAUAUGGUAAUUUUGUCAGUGGUGAUGUAGAUGUUGUUGAUGGUGAAUUUAUUGAGAGUGGUGCUUACAGCAGUCUUUCAAGUGGAUUGGAAAACAUGUUUUCACAGUAUGACAGGUGUCUUCUGACAUUGUGUAGCAGUACAUGUGCAAUCAUUUCUCACAAUGGACAGUAUGCACUGGUUGAUUCUCAUGCACGAAGUGCUCUUGGUAUGGUUGAUGGAAAUGGAAAAAGUGUUGUUUUAUACUUUUCCACUCUUAAAGAUUUGUUCAGUCACAUUUGCCUUUUAUCUAAAGGGCUCAGUGAGAAGCAAAAACUUUUUGAAAUAGCUGGUGUUCAUGUCACCGUUCGAAGAAUGGCAGACAGUUGUAAAGGCUCUGACGAAACAUUUGAAAUGGAGUUUGAUGAGGAUUCUGGAAGAGAUCUAGUAGUGAACAAUGAUGCAAGACCCAAGCGCAACAUUUCAGCAAGCAAUAGUUCUUCAAAGAAAGUAAAACGAUUUGAUGUUCGUGAAGUUAAUUCAGAUGUUGAAUUUGUUCGUGAUAUAAAAAAGAACAAUAUGAUGUUCAGUCCUAUUUGUCAACAUGUUUGUCAAACUUUGUGUAGCCGUUUAAAGGUGGAUUGUGAAAAAGUAAAUGUUCCAGUAUUUUCCCAUGUUGGCUUAUUAGGAGUUCCAUGCAAAAAUGAGAGUAUUGUGGCUGAUGGGAACUGUUUCUUUAGAGCUAUUUCCCAAGCAGUUAUUGGUACACAAAAGUAUCACAGAAAAAUUCGGCUUGCUGUUGUGAUGCAUUUGGAAAAGAAUUGUGAAAAAUAUAGAAAUAUUUUACGAAGAGAAUAUUCAUCUGUGUCAGAGUAUAUUAACAGGUCCAAAAUGAGAUUUGUUAAUAGCUGGGCUACGGAGGUUGAAAUACAAGCAACAGCAGAUUAUUUAGGAAUUGAUGUAUUUACAUUUUAUGAUGGUCACUGGUUGAAAUACAGUUGCAGUGGUAAGCUUAUUUCAAAACAUAGCAUUUACUUAGAAAACUGUAACGAAAACCACUACGAGACUGUAGUUUGUGUUAAUGAGCCUGAAGUACAAAGUUGCUAUGGUUACUGCAAGAUCAGUACGUGUUUCACUGAAGGAUACAGUGUUAGAGCAAAGAUUAUGGACAAAAAUAAUGUUCUCACUCUAAAAAACAAGAAAGAGCUUAUUGAUAGGGAAACACUGUUCAUGACCGGACAACAAUCGCAUCGCAUGUUAAAAGCAAUGCACAAUAACACUUGUUGUGAACUGGGAAUGGUGGAAGAUUCUAAUGCUAAAGUUGUGGAAAAUUCAGGUCAGAUGACAUAUAAUCCUCUGUCUACAGAAGCUGCACAAACUUUAUGUGACAAAUUACAUUUGAAUUUUGAAAAAGAAAAUAUACAAGUACCAACUGUUUAUGGGUCUUUGGGUGUUGUUUGUAAGACAGGUAAAGUUGUAAAGGAUGGUAAUAGUUUUUUCAGAGCAGUAGCCAGAUUUAUUAAUGGUUCUGAAAAGAGCCAUCGGAAAAUUAGACUUGCUGUUGUGAAGUAUAUGGAAAAUCAAAGUAAAGAACACAGUCACUUAGUAGGAAAUGAAUUUGCAUCAAUGUCAGAAUAUAUUUCAAAGUCACAGAUGCAAUAUGUUGGACAGUGUGCUUCAGACAUAGAAUUCCAAUGUACAGCAAAUGCUUUGGAUGUCAAUCUUUUUCUAUUUAAUGGAGCACAAUGGGUCAAAUAUAGUUGCAUUAAUACAAUGAAGAGAAGUGAAGGUAUUUAUUUAAAACAGUGUGAGAAUAAUAUUUUUGAGCCUGUAAUUUGUGUCCACCAUGUUGAUAAGAAUGAUUGUUUUGAUUUGUGUAAAGUGGGAAAUUUGUCUGACACACAAUAUAUGAGUAGGAAGAAUUCAAACAGACAGAGAAUAGUGACGUUAAAUAUGCAUACUUCAAGCAAAAUGGUCAUGGGAAAAAGUAGGUAUCUCGAUGUCUUGUAUAAAGAAAAGAAAAACAAUGCUUGUAAAAUAAGAUAUCAAAAAAAUGUGUUGUAUAAGAAGAAAAAACGUAAUGCUAGUAUAACGAAGUAUUGUGUGAAUGCUUUACAUAAAGAAAAAGUAAAAAACAUGAGCAAAAGGAAAUAUGAUCAGAAUGCUUUGCAUAAAGAAAGAGUAAAAAACAUGAGCAAAAGGAAAUAUGAACAGAAUGCUUUGCAUAAAGAAAGAGUAAAAAACAUGAGCAAAAGGAAAUAUGAACAGAAUGCUUUGCAUAAAGAAAGAGUAAAAAACAUGAGCAAAAGGAAAUAUGAACAGAAUGCUUUGCAUAAAGAAAGAGUAAAAAACAUGAGCAAAAUGAAAUAUGAACAGAAUUCUUUGCAUAAAGAAAGAGUAAAAAACAUGAGCAAAAUGAAAUAUGAACAGAAUGCUUUGCAUAAAGAGAAGGUAAAGUGCAUGAGCAGACUAAAGUAUCAGCAAAAUAUGCUACACAAGAAAACAGUAAAGGAAAUGAGUAAAAGAAAAUAUAAGUUAAAUCAGUUGCACAGGCAAAAUGUAAUUGCUAUUAAUAAAAAAAAGUACCAUGAAAAUGCAGAGCAUAAGAAGCGUGUUAAAGCAGGUAUGAAGCAUAAAAGGGAACAAAUCAAAGAAAAAGCAAAACAGUUUGAUUUUGUUAUGCAGCGUUUUUUGGAUUUGAUAAAAGAUGGGCCAGAUUUUGUGUGUUGUGUUUGCCAACGAUUGUUGUUUCGACAUCAGGUUUUACAUUGUAACAGAGAUUAUUAUAACAGGAAAGCAAUAGGUUCGAUUUAUGAUAAAUGUAUAACUGAGGAAUAUUUACACAAAUGUAAUAGUACCUGUGUAAUGCCAUGUCAGUGGUUGGAUUCACCUAGAGGCAAGCUGUGGAUUUGUUACACAUGUCAUUAUAAGAUUAACAAAGGUGAGAUUCCACCUGAAUGUGCAACAAACAAGUUGAAAGUUCAUCCUGUUCCAGAAGAAUUGUCAUGUUUGAAUAGUUUAGAACAACAUUUGAUUGCAUUACAUAUACCGUUUAUGAAAAUGCUAGCAUUACCAAAAGGAGGGCAAAAUGGUGUCCAUGGUCCAGUAACCUGUGUUCCUGCAAAUAUUGUGCAAACUUCAAAUUUGCUGCCCCUUUCAAGUAUGGAAGGAUCUUUGUUGCCAGUAAAAUUAAAACGCAAGUUAACUUAUAAAGGUCAUUAUAAAUAUCAGUAUGUUGACACUAUGCACAUAAGACAAGCAUUAAAAUGUUUAAAACAGAUAAAUGUGCAUUAUAAAGAUGUAGAAUUUAAUGAAGUUUGGUUAAAUGAGUUUUGUAGGGAACAGGACGAUGAUGUUAUAGUCCAGGAGAGUGAUACACAUGCUGAAAGUAAUGAAGCAUCUCUUGAUAAUGGAGAAGAUGAGCUCUUGCAUGACAGACAACAACAUUGCAUGUUUCAGGACACAUGUCUCAUGCCUGUUGAUAUUGGUCAAGAAGCACUAGAUCAGUAUUUUGAUGAUAUAGUGAAUCUGGCGCCAGCAGAAGGGAAUAAUCCUGUUAAAUUACUUUCUGAUUUUGCAAAUGAAGCCAAAUGCUUCCCAGUAUUAUUUCCACUUGGAUGUAACACAUACCGUGAAAGUCGAGACAAACGUUUGACGUUGUCCAGGUACUUUAACAACCGAAUUUUGCAUGCUGAUGGUCGGUUUGCACAAAAUGUUGAAUAUAUAUUUUUUGCCCAGUACAUGUCUGAGGUUGAACAGGUAGUGUCAAAUGUAUCAAUUGCAUUGCGUAAGGGAAUUAGCGGUUGUACAUCUAAAAAAGUUAAUGAAGAUUUAUUAAACAAUGAGGAAUCUUUAAAGAAACUCUUAGAAUUUGAUGAUGGGUUUCGUUUCCUGAAACCUAUUCGAGGUACCCCAGCUUUUUGGCAGACAGCACAACGUGACCUCUUGGCUUGUGUUCGUCAGCUUGGUAUCCCUACUUGGUUUUGUUCAUUUUCUUCUGCUGAUAUGCGGUGGAACAAUCUUCUGUAUAGUAUUUUGAAGCAGGAAGGUAGAACACAGACCCUUGAAGAAUUACAAUGGGCAGACAGAUGUGAGCUGUUGCGCCGCAAUCCUGUCACUGCAGCAAGAAUGUUUGAUUUUCGGUGGCAUUGUUUUUUAAGGGAAGUACUUAUGUCUGCAUCCCAUCCAAUAGGUAAAAUUAAGGAUUAUUUUUACAGAGUUGAAUUUCAGCAGCGUGGUUCACCUCAUGUCCAUUGCCUAUUUUGGAUUGAGAAUGCCCCAGUGAUAGAUAAAAAUACAGACGAAGAGGUAAUUCAAUUUAUAGAUAAAUAUGUAACUUGUGAAUUACCGUCACAGGAUGAUUCAUUAUUAGAGACUGUGAAAACUGUGCAACAUCAUUCAAAACGACAUUCCAAAACGUGCAAAAAGAAAAAUACUGUUUGUCGUUUUAAUUUUCCUAGGCCAGCAUCUUCACGAACAUUUAUAUGUCGAGGUAAAACUAAUACAAAGAAAAAGUGUAAGUGUAAGGUAGAUAAGAAGGUAGAUAAUUUAACAAAAGAAUGUGCAUGUGCAAAUGAAGGUAGAGUAGAGUUUAAAAUGAAGCGAGAACAGGCAGGUGACAUUUUAUUAGCCAUCAAGAAGGCUCUUUCAGAUGAGAAUUGCAACUUUAACAAUGUGGAACAUUUAUUUAAACAUCUGGGUAUAAAUCAAGCAACUUUUGAGCGUGCAUACAAAACUUAUAGUCGUAAUACACAAGUUGUGUUGAAAAGACAGGUUAAUGAAGUGUGGGUCAAUCAAUAUAGCAAGCCGCUGUUAAAAUGCUGGAAUGCGAAUUUAGACAUACAGUAUGUUGUAGAUGCAUAUGCUUGUGUGGUUUAUAUAAUUUCUUAUAUAUCAAAGUCAGAAAGAGAAAUAGGAUUGUUGUUGAGUAACGCUCAAAGGGAAGCACGUAAAGAUGGAAAUGUUAGUGCAAAAGAGGCACUGAAAAAUUUAGGCAGUGCUUAUUUACAUAACAGAGAUGUGUGUGCUCAAGAAUCAGUAUAUAGGUUAACAAACAUGCAUCUGAAGGAGUGUUCCAGGAAAGUUGUGUUUGUGCCAACAGGCGAUAAUAUAAUUAAGAUGAGCCUUCCUUUAAAUGUGUUAAGGAAUAAAGCUAAAUCAAAUAGCCUAACAACAAAAGACAUGUGGAUGACAAGCAUAUUAGAUCGCUAUAAGAAUAGACCAGAUGAUUUAAAUGAUAUAUGUAUGGCAACAUUUGCAUCAGAAUAUCGCAUUUUAAGUAAAAAUGAAAAAUCCCAAAGUCCACUUAAAUUGAAGAAUGGUUGUGGUUUUAUCACAAAAAGAACACGAACACAACCUGCGGUGGUUCGUUAUGUGCGUUUUUCUGAGGAAAAAAAUCCAGAAGCAUUUUUUCAAAGUAUUCUGCAGUUGUUUUUGCCAUACCGUGUAGAUUUGCAGCUAAAGCCACCAAACUGUAAUACAUUUGAAGAGUUUUACAGAAAUGGUCAUGUGACAUUUAAUGAUGGCUCAAGUCAUUCAGUCAAGUCAGUUGUAGAUUUAAACAGAAAGAACUUUGAAAUGGAGGCAGAUGAACUGGAAGAUGUAGAAGAUGUAAUUAAUAGUACUGGUGUAAUAGAAGAUGGCUGGUGUGAGUUGUGCCCAGAGCAAGAGUUAGAGCGUUUACUUUGUAUUGAUGAAAUGAAAGACAAAUUACAGCAAGUGGAAGAACAUGAGGAACAUAUUCCAGAUUUAGCAUCAGAAGCUAAUCAGAAGGUUGCACAUUUAGAAAAGAAAAAUAACAUAAUGUGUAGAAGAGAUGGCUUGGCCCUCAUAAGAUCUUUAAACGAUACACAGUUAUCUAUUUUUUAUGAAAUAAGACAAUGGUGUUUAGAUAAGGUAAUGGGCAAAAAUCCAAGCCCAGUGCAUUUAUUUAUUACUGGUGGUGCAGGGACAGGAAAAAGCCACUUAAUUAAAGCUAUUCAGUAUGAAGCAAUGAGGAUACUGUCUACAGUGUGUCGUCAUCCUGAUAAUAUUAGUGUUUUGUUAACUGCUCCAACUGGAAUUGCAGCAUAUAAUUUGCAUGCAGCAACCAUUCACAACACAUUUAGCAUUGGGAAAGAUGUUCGAUUACCAUACACCCCUUUAGGUGAAGAGAAGCUUAAUUGUCUGCGUGCUAAAUAUUGUGAUCUACAGAUUUUAAUAAUUGAUGAAAUAUCAAUGGUUGAUCACAAUUUAUUAGCUUAUAUUCAUGGCAGACUUAGGCAGAUUAAACAAACUGGCGACUUCUCCCCAUUUGGGAACACAAGCAUCAUUGCUGUUGGAGAUUUUUUUCAGUUACCGCCAGUGAGAGGGAAACCCCUGUAUGUUGAUGACAUGCUAGGUAUUAACCUGUGGUCUUCUCUUUUUUCAAUUGUAGAAUUGAAAACUAUAGUUAGACAAAAAGAUGAAAAAUUUGCAAAGUUAUUAAAUAGAAUACGAAUUAGAACAAAAAUGACUCCAAUGUUAAAGACUGACAUUGAUAUUUUGAAAAAAUGUGAAACAGGCGAAGUCAGCACAGCUCUGCAUAUUUAUCCUACAAACAAACAAGUAAAUGAGCAUAAUCUUCAGCAGCUAUUUAAAUCUUGUCCUGAACAUUUUGAGAUAGAUGCUCAAGAUUUUGUACAUAAUAACAAGACAGGUAAACUUGAGCUGAAAAAUGGCCAUCAUGCCAAAUCGUUUAAUACAUGCUUAGAAGAAACACUGUUUUUAGGAGAUGGUGCUCGUGUUAUGCUAAGUAAAAAUGUAGAUGUAAUGGACGGCCUGGUUAAUGGGGUGUGUGGCACAGUAACACAUGUAGUUUUUCCGAGCAAUGACAACAAGUUCCCUCAAACAGUUUAUGUAAAGUUUGAUGACAUUCAGGUUGGCGCACAAAGGAGAAAAUGCCCCGGAUAUGCUUCUGCAGUUGAAAUAGGUUCUGUAGGUAUCAAACCAGAAGAGGAAAGAGUAAACAAUAAAGGUGCAUUACGACGACAAUUUCCUCUAAAACUUGCUUGGGCUUGUACAGUACAUAAAGUACAAGGAAUUAGUGUUGAUAAUGCAGUAGUCUGUCUUAAAAAGAUAUUUGCACCUGGACAGGCAUAUGUUGCUUUAAGCCGUGUUAGAUCUUUGUCAGGUUUGAUCAUUGAAGAUUUUGAAGAAAAGGCUAUAUACUGUAAAGAUAGCAUUAAGGAUGCAAUUCAAAGCAUGUCUAAAUUCUUUAUUAGAAAUAUAUCAUACCCUAAAGUGAAUACCCAAGCAUUCAGCAUAUUUCUAAUGAAUGUACAAAAUUUAAAACAACAUUUAGCAGAUUUGAUUUUUCGUACUCAGCAUUUGCAGCCUGAUUGCAUUGCUGUAACUGAAACAUGGUUACCUGCAGAUACCUUAUCAGAAGCUGUACACAUUGAUGAGUACAGUUUUCAUAGUCAACCGCGAAGUUUGUCUUAUCAUACCACUAACCCAAUAUUAACAGGAUUACAAACUCAACAACAUGGUGGUGUUGGUAUUUAUGCAUCAAACAAGUUGUUGUUUAAUAUCAUCCAGAUACCAAAUGUGAAUUUGGAAUGUGUAGUCUGUAACUGUAUUAAAUACAACAUAUUAACAGCAGUUAUUUAUCGGCCACCAACAUAUCCCAUGUCUCUGUUUAAAGAAAAUCUUGGCAAAUUACUGGACUUUCUGGAACUCAUAAACAGUACAAUUGUUGUCUUGGGAGAUUUCAAUGACAACAUAUUUAAAUCUUCAACUAUUUGCAAAUUUAUGACAGAAAGAGGGUUUGUUCAACAUGUCACACAAACCACAACAGAAAAAGACACAUUAAUUGAUCAUGUAUAUGUAAAAACAGCACAUUACAAUGUUGAAGCAAUUGUGCUUCCGACACAUUUUAGUGAUCAUGAGGGUAUUUUAUGUUCGUUUACACCUAAUACUUUUAAUGUUGAUGAGGGAGAAUUUGAUCACUUGUUGGAUUAGCUGUUCUGCUUUAUUAAGCAGAUAAGGCAGAAAGUGCAUACAGAGUUGACUCUGCCGAGCUAAAUAUUGCAGGUAUUGCAGUGCUUUCUUCACUGCAAGGUAGAAAUGUGACAAGUUAAACUCAUUUAUUAGACAUAGAAAGUAAACAGAAAUUUACAUGUUAGAAGUACAACUUUAGCUUUUACAGUAAUGGUUUUUUUUUCCUGCAUUGCAACAACAUGUUAAAAUUUUAAUGUUUAAUCAUUGUCUCACUUGUCUCAAUUAGUACUUAUUCUAAAUUGCACUACUAGUAUUAUUACUUCAAAAAAUAUAUAUAUGAUUUAUUCAGUAUGAAAUACAGCCUAGCACUCAAACAUAUUUGAGACUAAAAGUCCAGUGUAUGAUUUACAUAAGGCACCUUGACUUUUAAAUUCUCAGAAUAAAAAUAUGGAACAUAACCAACAUUUGAAUAUAAAAUUACACACACAAUAUUUUGCCCUUAAAAGUAAAAAAAAAAAAAAAAAAAAAAAAAAA